GAGCUGCUCUUUGUCUGAUCACUCACCUAGGACCUGUUUGUCUUGGGAGACCCUACCAGGGGGCAUGAAAGCCCCCAGACAACAUAGCUCCUAGGAUCAUUGGGACACUCAAACUCCUCUACCACGGUAAGGUAGCAGCUCAGAGAGGAGCAUAUUAGGAAUAUAUAUAUUAAAUCUAGGUCUUAACUACGCCCCCUUUGUGUCUGUGUCGUCUACUCCCCCGCCGUACACAACUUAAUUGUUGAUUAAAAUGUGGGGGAGUAUGUUGUUUUUUUUUGCCACUCAAGAAAUAAAAUUUGACUAGUAUUUUUAUUCAAUGUUUUAUUUGUAGAGAAUCCAAACUGCACUUUUGUCAAGUAGUACAGAGCGAUUACAAGGUGUUUAUCAUCUUGAAUGCCUCUAUGAACUUUGUAUCCUUUUUUUGAACGGAUUUAUUUUGUUGACGAUACUGUGUUAACACGCCCACUGGAGUGUGAUUGGGGGAACAGAUCCUCCUCAGCUUUUAUAGAGAGCCACUGAGCGUGUGCAGCAGGUGUGUUUGUGAAAGUUUGUGCCCUGACACAGCAUGUUUGAAGAGUUCCUGCAGGCUCCUGCUUUGGCCUCCUGGUUGGGGCUUCUUGCAGGCUUGCUGGCCGUCUAUCUUUUGUACUCCAGUUGGACUUUCCAAGACAAUCAGAAGCAUCCUCCUGGGCCCAGACGUCUUCCUUUGCUUGGUAACCUGCAUCAGCUGGAUCUUGAGAAGGUUGAUAAGUCUCUUUUGAAGCUGUCUAAAAGGUACGGACCGGUGUUUACCGUCUACUUCGGACUCAAAAAAGUGGUGGUCUUGGCUGGUAGCAAGGCUGUCAGGCAGGCUCUCAUCAACCAUGCCGAGGAGUUUGGGGAGAGAGAAAUCAGCCCGUUAUUCCACGAUUUCGCCAAAGGGCAUGGCAUAGUAUUCUCAAAUGGUGAUGGCUGGAAGGAAAUGAGGCGCUUUACCUUAACAACUUUGAAAGAUUUUGGGAUGGGCAAGAGACUCAUUGAGGAGAAAAUCUCUGAAGAAUGUCACAACCUGAUGGAAGAGUUUGAAAAACAUAAAGGCAAAGCCUUCGACAACACGAUGAUCAUGACCUACGCGGCUUCAAAUAUCAUUUCUGCCAUCAUAUUCGGAAAGAGGUUUGACUUCAAAGAUCCAGUCCUGCGGGAUAUGGUGGAAAAUGACAAAGAAAUCAUCCGUCUGGCUGGAACUGCUUCCAUCGUGAUCUAUAAUACUUUUCCAAUGCUGGGUCCUUGGCUUAAAAACUGGAGGGAUUUCAUGAAGAAUACUGAGGACUACAAGCAGCAUUUUUUGCAAUUAGUAAACAAACUAAGGGAGACUUUCAAUCCUGACAUAUGUCGGUGCUUUAUCGAUGCUUUCUGCACACGUAAGCUGAGUCUGGAGGAUUCUGAUGCUCAAGGGGUGCACUACCAUGAUGACAACCUGGUCGGCAGUGUCAUGGAUUUGUUUGGCGCUGGAACUGACACAACAUCAAACACUCUUCGCUGGAGUCUACUUUUAAUGGCCAAGUAUCCUCAAAUACAAGAUCGGGUCCAGGAGGAGCUUAGUAGAGUGGUGGGAGACCGUCAGAUCACAAUGGAGGACAGGAGGAACCUGCCUUACAUCGAUGCUGUCAUCCACGAGACACAGAGGUUCGCCAACAUCGUUCCCACUUCCGUCACUCACAGCACCAGCAGAGACGUCACCUUCCAGGGAUACUUCAUUGAAAAGGGGACCACUGUGCUCCCUCUGCUGACAUCUGUCCUCUAUGAUGAGAGUGAGUGGGAGACACCAAACACCUUCAACCCUUCCCACUUCCUGGACAAGGAGGGUAAAUUCAUCAAAAGGGAUGCUUUCUUGCCUUUCUCUGCAGGCCGCAGGGCUUGUCUUGGGGAAGGUCUGGCCCGGAUGGAGCUCUUCCUCUUCUUCACACACCUCCUGCAGCGCUUUCGAUUCACCCCUGCACCCGGGAUGUCGGAGGACCAGCUGGAUUUGACCCCAGCGGUGGGCUUUACACUCAGUCCUCUACCACACCAGUUGUGUGCUGUGAGUCGCCACUGAGAAGUUGUUUAGAUAAAAGUAAAAGGAGUGUCUCAUACCUUUGCACUCAGUCUGUCAUCUUAGGAUCAAUGAUUGAUAUUAUUGAUAUUAAAAUUGAGUUUUCCUUGGCUAAAAUAUCAAAGGACUGCAAAUAAUGACCAAACUGUGACGCAUGAAUGACUUUCAUAUAAUCAACAUACAGUUAGUUACUUAUAACUUUUCUAUUGUUAUUAGAGAAUGUAUUUGUAAUUGUGUCAAAGCAGUCUUAAACGAUACUGUGAACGGCUUCUUGCCGCCAUCGUGCGGGUUGCAUGCAAGUCUCCAUGGGGCCCUAAGCAAAAUUUGAUUUUGGGGCCCUAUUUCUGCCAAUAAUAUUGAUUGUUGAUCAUUGACACACUUACUACAGUUGUGAUCAAAAUUAUUCAACCCCCACACAAUUUUGGUGUUUUAGCAAGUUGGACAUGUAUUCCAUAUUUUGUUUCUAGUCAUAUCAAAUAAAGAUGCAUUAAAUAGACAAAUGCAACUUGAAUUACAACAUUGUAUUUUGUAACAUACCAAACAGUGUUAUUUCUCUUAAUAUCUCAUUGACAAAAUUAUUCAACCCCUUGAAGAUCAUAAUUCUUAAGAACAGAAUUUGAAUAUGGUCUUUUCAAUCAGGUGUUGAAAACACCUGUAGAUGUGAUUAGAACCAUAACAAGCAACAAUUAAACUGAUUGAAAAAGACUGUGACGCUCAGCUUCUUGGAGAUGGUCAAUGGUGUAUUUGUAACAUGGUGAAGUCCAGGGAGUGGUCAAAGAAGUCAAGAGAGGAGGUCAUUUCUCUUCAUAAGAAAGGAUAUGGAUAUAAGAAAAUAGCAAAGACAUUACACAUUCCAAGAGACACAGUUAGGAGCAUAAUUCGCAAGUUUAAAGCUAAAGGCACAGUGGAAAGACUACCUGGGCGUGGUAGAAAGAGGAUGCUGUGUGGUAUUUGAAGCGUACAGUGGUGGAAAAACUGAGGAACUACAACUUUUUUGGUAUUUUGUAAAAUACAGAGUUACACUUUAAGUUGCAUUUGUCUAUUUGACACAUCUUUAUUUGAUACGACCAUAGACAAAAUACGGAAUAAAUGUCCAACUUGCUAAAACACCAAAAUUGUGUGGGGGUUGAAUAAUUUUGAUCACAACUGUAUAAACUCAUUGCAGCUCUGGCAGUGUUGUUUACCUUAUCCCAGUGGUUCUCAACCUUUUUUCAGUGAUGUACCCCCUGUGAACAUUUUUUUAAUUCAAGUACCCGCUAAUCAGAGCAAAGCAUUUUGGGUUGAAAAAACAGAUAAAUAAGUAAAAUACAGCACUAUGUCAUUAGUUUCUGAUUUAUUAAAUUGUAUAACAGUGCAACAUAUUGCUCAUUUGUAGUGGUCUUUCUUGUACUAUUUGGAAAAAAAGAUAUAAAAAAUAACUAAAAACUUGUUGAAAAAUAAACAAGUGAUUCAAUUAUAAAUAAAGAUGUCUACACAUAGAAGUAAUCAUCAACUUAAAGUGUCCUCUUUGGGGAUUGUAAUAGAGAUCCAUCUGGAUUCAUGAACUUAAUUCUAAAAAUUUCUUCGCAAAAAAAGAAAUCUUUAACAUCAAUAUUUAUGGAACAUGUCCACAAAAAAAUCUAGCUGUCAACACUGAAUAUUGCAUUGUUGCAUUUCUUUUCACAGUUUAUGAACUUACACUCAUAUUUUGUUGAAGUAUUAUUCAAUAAAUAUAUUUAUAAAGGAUUUUUGAAUUGUUGCUAU